AUGGCCAGAGCACCGCCAACAAAGAAAAUUGUCAGUCUCAAUGAGGAACGAGUAGGUGAUCAUGGCACCGAGCAGACCCUGGAACCGACCAAGAUUACCUGUGUGGAUAUACUCAGCCAUCGGAGGCUGCCAGUUGCGGAAGCCGUACACGUCGUGGAGAGGGUUACCUCCAACCAUGGUGAUGAAGGUGAACACCAUCAGGCCAACAGCCAAAAUGACUUUACCGAGAGAGAGCCAGAACUCCGCCUCUCCAUAAUAUUUGACAGCACUCACGUUGAUGAGGAAAUAAAGUGCCAGUUCCACGGCAAUAGGGAUGGCCGCAGAAUAGUCGUCUCUCCAGUAGUGGAUCAAGGUGUUGAACAAGGUAAGCUCGAACGGGAUCAGGGAGCACUCCAACACCCAAAAGUUCCAACCAGUCAUGAAACUGAACGACUCGUCAACACAUCUCUCGGCUAA